AUGGACAUGGGCAUGAGUAUGCUGCCCUGGCUGGACCAGCCAGUCAUGCUGCACUCUAAUCGCAACCCCGGCGCGUGUGCGAUGACGGCCGAGCAAUGCGCGUACAAGAAUUCCUACUGGGUAUUCUGGUACCAGGCGGAUCACCGCUAUGCUCUGCCCACCGUGGCCUUCUUUCUGGUGGCGAUUAUACUUUUCACACUGGGACAUAUCCUGGCUGGGAUAUUCGCACCGCGGAUGAAGCAGGCCUCCCCGCUGUCGCGGGUGCUUGCUGCAUUCCGGUUCCUGUCGUACAAGGGGUGGCGGCUCGGCGGGUGGAAUACCCAGUCGUUGGGGGUGUUCUUGCUGGGUGCGGCAGGGGUGGUCUUCUUUCUUGCCAUGACCCUUGGACCGCGUCCGUACUACUGGCCCAACACGAAAGAGAUCAACUACGGCAACUCCCCUCCCCUUGCAACCCGAGCGGGAUUUAUGGCAUUGGCGUGCAUGCCCUUUUUGAUUCUUCUCAGCGCAAAGGCCAACCCAAUCACCGCACUGACGGGCAUCUCCCACGAGAAGCUCAAUGUGUGGCAUAACUGGGUGGCCUGGGCCAUGUUCGUGCUUGCACUCGUCCACACCUUCCCUUUCAUUGUCUACCACGUGUGGAAGGGCGAUAUCGUCGAACAGUGGAGCACCGGAGGCGUCUGGGUCACCGGGGUCGUUGCUAUCAUUGCCCAAGCAUGGCUCACGUUCAUGUCCGUUCCGUGGAUUCGGAACCGGUACUACGAAUUCUUCAAAGCAACACACUUGUUCAUGGCCUUGGUCUUCGUCAUCUUCUUCUUCUUCCACUGUGACUUCCGCAUGUCCUCCUGGGAUUACUUCAUCGCCACAGGAGUACUGUACUCGCUGUGCUGGCUCUACGCCCAGUGCAAAACAUACUUUGAGCACGGCAUCCGCCACAAAGCCCGCCUCGUGCCCGAGUCCGAGCACACGCUGCGUAUCACAAUCGACACCCGGAUGGAAUGGGGGCCGGGUCAGCACGUCUUUCUCCGCUUUCUCACCUGCGGCGUGCACGCGCUCACAGCGCAUCCGUUCACAAUCUGCUCUGUGCCCCGACGAGAUUGCAAGAACCAACUGGUGUUCUAUGUAAAAUCGCGUGGUGGACUGACCGGCCGUCUCAUGGCGCUGGCCCGGAAGAACCCUGACAUCCAAAUCCCUGUUCUGAUAGACGGCCCUUACGGGGGCAUUCCAGCCGGGCGGGUCGGUGAUUUUGACAGGAACCUCGCCAUAGGCGGAGGAGUUGGUGCUGGCAUCACGCUCUCUCUGAUCGAGGAUUUCGUCCGGUACUCAUCCGUCCAGGAGAACAAGGAGAUGAAGGUGAUUGUUGCGACGCGUGAUCCAGAUAUGCGGGCGUGGUACACGCAAGCGUUGGAGGAUAUUGCGACGCGACAGGCACUGGAAAAGCCAGUGGCAGGACUAGCCAUUCACAUCCAUGAGACUUUUACCGAAGGCGGAGAGCAAGAACUCAGUGCCGAGAAUAUCAAAGUGCAAGGCAACACGCAGAGCAUCGACUCCAAAGAGUCCAGCCCUUCCAGCACCUCCGCCACAGAGAUAUUCAAUCUCCAGGUCAUCGCCGGGAGGCCAGAUCUCCCGGCCGCCGUGCACCACAUGGCAGAUCGGGAAGGUGUUUCGGUCGGUGUAGUCGUAUGCGGCCCAUCCUCCAUGCUGUACGAUGUCCGUGAAGCUGCUUCGGCCGUGCAGAACAGCAUCAUCUCCACGAAGCCCGGUAUCGCGAGGGAGUUGUGGCUGCACAGUGAAAAGUUCUCGUGA